AUGGGGAAAGAUACUAAACGUAAAUCUCAGUUAAAGAAUUUGCGAAUCAAAAAACGAACAAGUUCAAGCUAUUCUGAAAAACAGACAGAUUCAUCUAGCGAAGAAGAAGGCGAUUUAAUGUUUCAACUUCCAGGUGACACUGAUUUCACUUCCAAAGAAGUAUUAGACACUCUCAACGAGCUAAUGUCACUUUGUAAACAAAACUCAAACACAAAAUGUUUGAGCGUCUUAUUGUAUAUGUCACUUAGACACUUCAGUGUGUCUUAUCGAGAUGCUGAUAAAUUUUUGGACGCAAUUGGUGCUUUUAAAGCAGAAACAUGUCAUACUCACAGUGAUAGACUUCUCCACUAUGGUGUCGAUAGAUUCGCAACCGAUUUACGUGGAGGAAAACGUGGUGAUAGCUUCUGGGACUCGUUCCCAGACAUUGAACACGAUGCACGUCAGUUCAGUAUUGAAGCCUGUACCAGAAAAAAUGCAUCUUUUACGGUGGAGGAACUGGCUAAGUUUGUUGACGAAAAGUUCUUCGAAGUCACUGGUUUAACGAAGGAUGAUCCCGGUUUUAUUCGUUCAACUCAGAGUUUACGGCUCGAUUUGAAAGCUUGGGGAAUCACUUACACCAAUAACCGAAGCCGACCCUACUUUUUGGGCCAAGAAAAACCAGAAGUUGUACUCCACAGAGAACAGGUCAUCAACUAUUUUCUUUCGAGAGAACAAUUUUAUUUCCACGUGUCUGACGGUAAUGAUCCGAAAUGGCUUAUUCCAACCGUUCCAGAACCAGUUGUACUAUUAUGUGAGCAUUUCUCUGUUUUUCUGCUCGCGUCAGUCAUUCAUUCUGAGUUUUUUUGCUAUUUUUUAAGGUCACGACGAAAGUACAUUUCGGUCAAACGAAAUCUCUCAUAAACGAUGGAUAGCAGAAGGUCACGAACCUUUUUUCGUCAAAUGAAAAGGGCGGUCUCUGAUGGUGUCUGACUUCCUCGUUGCACAUCCGUCUUCACCCUUCUUUCGUCUCAACGAUUCUGAGUAUAAAGCGGCUCUAAAGAAGUACCCGGAGCUCUCAAAAACAUCUGGGAUCAACCACGAAGAAAAUUCUGCCACUGCUUCGAUUGCAAUUGGCACAGACAAUUAUUUUACCAACGAAGUGGUUUUGGAACAAUUUGAACGUUUAUUCAAAUUGUUACCCUUCAAAAAAGAGUACAAAAAUUGUAAGGUUGAAAUACUCGUCGAUAACGCGACGACACACACUACGAAACUCUACUCUGUAAACGAUUUCCCGAAAGGUGAAGG